UGCUUAGAAAAGAUUUUUUAAAAUUUGAAAAUAAGAAGCUUUCAGAACAGAUUCCUUGAAACACUUAAUUUUAACCAAACAUCUCUGUCCCAAACAGAGUUCAAGGCCCCAGCAGCUGUCACACUGGGUCUCUGCUCCUCUUCUGGCAUAUAUUCACAAAUCAGACGUUUCCAAUAGAGACAGUAAACACACAGGGAAACCAGCAGCUUUCAGGAGCUUUUGCUUCUGCUACAUAACCACAACAAAAGGCCUCCUGACUACUCAGCAGCAAUCUCCACAGCACCCUUUGCUAUUAAACCAGACUGUUGUUCUGAGGAUUUUGAAUAGAGGCUGAUCUCAGCUGCAGUCACUGUAAUCACCUGGUAAGCUAAGAGUUUGCUGGCUACAUCUGGAGAUCCCAUUGCUUCCAAUUACAGUCCCUUCUUAUGAAAUUGCUGUUACCAUGAAAACCCCGACAGCACGCAAGCAAUGAUGCAACAGAAAGAAGUAGGAAAAGGACAUUAAAUAAGAGGGAAGUAAACCAGUGCUGAGCACUGCCUGUCAGUGCUGCUGUGUAUAUUCUUUUCUGAAAGCACUCCAAAGCAAUAGCUGAAAAAAAAAUGUUAGGAGAAAAGGAACUUCAAAAGUGCAAACAAGAAUAGGUUUCACUUUCUGAGAAGUCACAAUAUGGCUAAAAAGGCUGGGUAUAUGGUGAGUCUCAAAAUGGACAAGCUGGAAAGGAGUUCUGGAAUCAGGAGAAAUACCUUGGUUAAGUCUCAGCAAACAGGAACCAUCUCUGGGGCAACCAGCCCCAGCUCCUCCUGUGUCCUAGCAGCACCCAGCUGAGCAGAACUGGCAACCACUGCACAAAUGGCUGCUUGGGCCUGGGCAGACAAGCAGGCAGACCAGGUCCAACAGGAUAAGAUCUGAGAGUCUGUGGAGGCUGGACAGAGAGGAAGAAGAAUCUGGUACCAGAACUGGAGUUUCCUAAAGGACUAUGACCAAAUGGGUAAGAGAAAGGAGCAGAAGCCACUGCCAAGCUAUAUGUCUGUGUUCUCAAGCAAAGUUCCCAACUCAACCAACCAAACUACUGGCAGCCAUAUGAAUACUGAGCUUCACAGGGCUCUGGUAAAUAUGAAUUCUUCAGUAGUGCUGCAUGAAUCGGGAUAUUUGAGAGUGAGUUCCAGCUUUCUUAGUGCUUCAGUAACAACAUAACAGCAACAAAGUAAGUUCUUUCAAGGGUAAAAACAGAUCUGAUCGAACAAUGCCAUAAUAGAUGAUCCUCUCCAUAUUUCGAGUGACUGCACCAUAUACAGACAGCACUACAGAUCUCAUCCAUCUUCCUAUGAAAAAUACAGUAAGGAUGCUACUAAUAUCUGAAAGAACAAAACUACAGACAAAAGGCCAUUUCUUCCUGAAUUUUGUCUCCUGAAAGCGAACAAUUAUAAGAGAUCUGCUCAGAUGAGUCACAACAUAAAAAAUGCACUUCCAGUUCUGAAAGCCAGCAUGAUAAAAACGCAGCAGCUUGUUGCAUUUCAUGUAGUUAGACAAAGAUUCAUCAGCUUCUGUCAUCUGCAUGUUUAAACUUGCUCUAAAGAAUAAUACUUAGGCAUGUGAGACAUGCUCUGUGCUUUUCACCACUCCCUGCUGAAGAACAAAUA